AGGUGAAGAGCUAGAAAAUGGAACAGCGGAAGCAGAUGAAGAGUCAAGGACGCAGCCUGCGGGUGAUGAACAGCAGGAAAUGAUGGCUGCCAUGGGCUUUGGUGGGUUCGGGACGACCAAGGGCAAGAAGAUUGACGACGCGAGUCAGCUGGGCUAUGCGAAGAUCAAGCAGGAGCGGACAUGGAGACAGUACAUGAACAGGUAUGCACUAGUCCUCCUAACAAAAGCUACACGCGAAAGGUGUCGAAUGUCUAAGCUGACGGAAACGCUCUUUUUAUUGCACCUUUAGAAAGGGGGGUUUCAAUCGCAUCUUGGAC